GGGCGGCGGCGGCGGCGGCGGGCGUCCCUGUCCUUCCCCUCCCCCUUCAUGCGGGGCCCGGGCCGGGGCCGCGCCCGAGUCGCCCCCGCCCGUUAUGGCCAGGAAGACAGUUAGCAGGAAGAGGAGAGCGGCCGCCCCCGCGGCGGGGCCCGGCGGAGAGCAGUACGGCUGGGAUCACUCAGUUCACAAAAGGAAGAGGCUUCCGCCAGUGAAGCGGUCCUUGGUGUGCUACCUGAAAGGACGAGAGGUGCGGCUUUCCAACGAUUCCAGCUACCACCGCUUGCUGCAUGCAUACGCAGCUCAGCAGCUGCCCGGGUUGCUGAAGGAACGAGAAUUUCACCUGGGCACUCUUAACAAAGUCUUUGCGUCGCAGUGGUUAAACCACCGGCAAGUGGUGUGCGGGACGAAAUGCAACACGUUGUUUGUAGUCGACGUCCAAAGUGGGCAGAUCACCAAGAUUCCCAUCCUGAAGGAUCGAGAGCCCCACAUCGUCAACCAGCAGGGCUGUGGGAUCCAUGCCAUCGAGCUCAACCCUUCCAGGACCCUCUUGGCCACCGGGGGCGAUAACCCCAACAGCCUCGCCAUUUAUCGCCUGCCCACCCUCGAUCCCGUGUGCGUGGGAGAUGAUGGGCACAAAGAUUGGAUAUUUUCUAUUGCAUGGAUCAGUGAUACAAUGGCUGUUUCUGGCUCCCGAGAUGGGUCAAUGGGCCUCUGGGAAGUGACGGAUGAAGUCUUGGCCAAGAGUGACGCACGGCGCAACCUGGCGCAACCUGUCCCCGUCUAUGCACACAUAACCCACAGGGCACUGAAGGACAUCCCCAAGGAGAACACUAAUCCCGCCAACUGCAAAGUCCGGGCGCUUGCUUUCAACAACAGGAACAAGGAACUGGGAGCUGUUUCUCUGGAUGGAUAUUUCCACCUCUGGAAAGCAGAACACAUGCUGUCCAAGCUCCUCUCCACCAAGCUGCCCUACUGCCGGGAAAACGUGUGUCUGGCCUAUGGUCAGGAGUGGUCGGUGUACGCCGUUGGGUCUCAGGCCCACGUCUCUCUCCUGGACCCCCGACAGCCUUCCCACAAGGUUAAGUCUGUCUGCUCCAGAGAGCGAGGAAGUGGCAUCCGCUCCGUGAGCUUCUACGAACACAUCAUCACGGUGGGGACGGGACAGGGCUCCUUGCUGUUUUACGACAUCCGAGCCCAGAGGUUCCUGGACGAGAAACCGCCACAGAAUUUCUACGGAUCAAAAUUGGCAGGAAGUGAAAUUCUCAAACUCUCAACCGGCAAAGGUUGGCUGAAUCAUGAUGAAACCUGGAGGAAUUACUUUUCGGACAUCAGUUUCUUCCCCAACGCCGUUUACACGCACUGCUACGACUCGUCGGGCACGAAGCUUUUUGUGGCAGGAGGUCCUCUUCCUUCCGGACUCCACGGGAAUUACGCCGGCCUCUGGAGCUAGUGACACUUUUCCCCGGGGAAAAAAAAGCCUCUGGAAGCGUGACUUUCUCCUUCUCCUCCUCCUCCUCCUUCACCUUCAUUUUCUCUCCUUUUUUAAAAACAAAAGGAUUUGCGUGGUGGACAUUCCCGUCUUCUGGUUUUGAUGCCACUCGGGGUUUAAACAUUUUUUUUUUUUUUAAGGAGGGGAAACCGUCGAUCCCGUCGGGUCUCCCAGAAGUUUUUGUACAUUUUUAAAAAUGGGGUGUGUUGUUGGGUUUUUUUUUUCUUUUUGGUUGCUGUUGUUGUGGUGGUUGUUGACCUGCUUUUAACUUUCUACAAUAGACUGAGGGUUGGCGCCCUUUUUAUUGCGUUUCCUAAAAAUGGCGGCGUCUUCGCCCCCGAGCUUAGGCUGACCGACCGACCAUAAGUCUCAUUUUUCUCCUCUUACUUCGCUGGGAGGUAGGAUCCCUCGAUUCGAUCGGCUGCUGCCGAGCUUUCUAUGAAAGCCCAGGGGCUGUUUGUGUGUGCGCGCGCGUGCGCACGCAUAUGUGUGUACAUGUAUGUGCAGGUACUUUGUCGGUCACCUUUCCUGGAAUAAAAACAAUCUAAUUAAAAAUCAAAAUGUAUUUA